ACACCAGAAUGCUGUAUAUAACUAUUUUUUUAAAUACGUAUAUAUAUAGUGAGAGAUUGAAAAGCAGAGAGAGAGAGAGAGAGAGAUUCUUGGACAAAACCCGAAGUCCAAGAAUGAAGAGUUCUUGGGUUGAGUUAGUUUUGAUCUUGAUUAUUGGUUUGUCGCCGUUGGGUUGUGUUGGGAUUCGGAUUCUUCCGGUGGGAUCCGUCGGGUUUGGGUUUGCCGAAGCGCCGGCGUACCGGAACGGGGAGGCGUGUCCGGUGAAGAAGGGGGGAGAAACGGUGUCGUAUUGUUCACCGUCGUUGGUCCACGUGGCGAUGACCCUGGACUCCGAGUACCUGCGCGGCUCAAUGGCGGCGGUGCACUCCGUCCUCCGCCACGCGUCGUGCCCGGAGAGCGUCUUCUUCCAUUUCUUGGCCGCCGAGUUCGACCCGGCCAAUCCCCGGGUCCUGACCCGACUCGUCCAAUCCAUUUUCCCUUCAUUAAACUUCAAGGUAUAUAUCUUUAGAGAAGAUAUCGUCGCUAAGCUAAUCUCGUCUUCGAUCCGGGUCGCCCUGGAGAACCCGUUGAAUUACGCCCGGAACUAUCUGGGCGACCUGCUCGACCCGUGCGUGACCCGGGUCAUCUAUUUGGACUCCGACGUCAUCCUCGUCGACGAUAUCCAGAAGCUCUGGAACGUCCGGCUAUCCCCCUCCCGGGUCAUCGGGGCCCCGGAAUACUGCCACGCGAAUUUCACCAAAUACUUCACCGAAGACUUCUGGUCCGACCCGAUUCUCCCGCGGGUAUUCGGGUCCCGGAAGCCCUGCUACUUCAACACCGGCGUGAUGGUGAUGGACCUCCGGGAAUGGCGACGGGGGAAUUACAGGGACAAGAUAGAGACGUGGAUGGAGAUCCAGAAGAAGAGACGCGUAUACGAGCUGGGUUCUCUGCCGCCAUUUUUACUGGUUUUCGGCGGGAACAUCGAGCCGAUCGAUCACCGGUGGAACCAGCACGGUCUCGGCGGCGACAACGUUAAAGGCUCUUGCCGGAGCCUCCACGCCGGUCCGGUGAGCCUGCUGCAUUGGAGCGGGAAAGGGAAGCCAUGGACGAGGCUGGAUGAGAAGAAACCGUGUCCGUUGGAUUAUCUGUGGGGCCCGUACGAUCUGUAUCGACGGACCAACGUUAAGCUAUACCAUCAUCAUCAACAACAACAACAUGCUUUAGCUAGCAGUACCCAUCCGUUUGUUUACUCCAAUUAUUUCAUUUGAUUUUAUUUAUUUUUUAUUUUUUUUUACAGGGUGAUUUAUAUUUUAUAUAUGAUUCUUUGAUAUGGUUGUACAGAUUGAUUUGCAGGAAAAUAGAUAGAAAUAUAGGAGGAUUGUAGUUUAGUAAAUUUAUUUUGUUGGGGUCAAAAAUCAAAAUUCAUAUAUACAAUACAAUUUCAUUUGUUUUUUU